AUGCUGAUAAAACACUAUCUGCCUCGUGAAGUUCGGGACAUGAUUUGGGCCCAGGUCUGGGACGAACAUACCGUUGAGGAAAGCCUCGUUUACAUGCGCAAUACCAUCAACAGCACCUGCCGUCUGUGCCUCAACACUAAGAACCUAAACUGUCCAUAUCAUCUAUGUCUCCCAUUCUUUGUGCGCCCGGAGCUGGUUGGAUCAGAGAUGGCGACAGAACUAGUGGAGUCAUGGUACAACAUUGCAGCGACCAAGCACCACAAGCUACUCUACGCGUGGACCGCCAAGGGUGUACAGGAGAUCAUUUGCAAGGACGCUUUCAACAUUGGACGCGAACCAGCCCAGUUCAUAAGAAAGCUGGAAAUCAGCAUGAAUGUGGACGAUUUCGUUCCACCACAGGUGCCAUUGGAACCGGGAAAAGAGGGUUGGGGUGAUAUCAGGAGUGCAGAACAUCGCCGGGAACUCAUCACCGAGCCUCUUUUGAAGAUCCAAAACAAAUCGGGAUUCCGGUUCAAGAUUGAAGUCUGCCACAGUCACAUCAGGCUCAACCUCUGGAAAGAGGUUUUCGACACGUUUCGAGAACCGGUGAGAGUGAUGAAGGACGAAGGGGCGAUUGUGAAAGCCACCUUUAUCUACAAGGGAGGUCAUAAUAGGAGUGACGAUGUGGCAACGUACGACAUCUUGGAUGCUAUGACACAGCCCGAGGAGGAAUGGAAAGCGAACGCAGUAGCGUUCUUUGAUGCGGUUUGUUUUUCUUCACCUUCGCACUUCGCAUCCAGCUGA